CCCAGCCGCAAGUCCCUGUUUCUCUAAAAACCCAACCCCCAAGUGUCUGUCCUUUCGCCUCAAUGGACAAUAUUCCCGGAGCCGUACCUCAUAAUACUGUCCUAUUCCUAAAUCCUAGUACAAAGAGAUAAACAGUGUAGAAACCCCAUCUUCUCCAUAUUCUUGAGUCUCUCGAUAGUGUGCUUGUGCCCACGCCCACGCCCACGCCCAAAAUGGGGUUCAGAAGUUCCUCAAGAUGGCCUCUCUUUCCUCACCCUCUUCACCACCGUCGCUUUUCUCGUGUUUUUCCCGCUCACCGCUUCUUUACUUCUUUUCGAAGGAGCUUUCGAAUCGGUGGAGCUUCCAUUAAUGGCGGCACCAACGUUGAAGAUAAUCCCUUUUUUAUACCUGGUGCAACUUUGGCUACUCUUGUGAUGCUGGGUCUUCUUCAUGCUCGUCACCUUUAUGAGGACAAGAAGAUGGAGGAAGCAAGGCAGAAGGGAAUAGAGUUGGAGUUUCAACCUGAUGCUAAAGCUGCAUUCUUGAGGUUGCUACCGUUGCGGUCUAUUUCACGCGCUUGGGGUUUCAUUACGAGUGUGGAAAUUCCUGUUUGGCUUCGCCCUUAUGUGUAUCGUGGCUGGGCUCGUGCUUUCCAUUCAAAUCUGGAAGAAGUUGCUCUACCACUGGAUGAAUAUGCUUCUUUACAGGAUUUCUUUGUUCGCACCCUCAAAGAAGGUUAUAGGCCAAUCGACCCUGAUCCUUAUAGUCUGGCCAGUCCUGUUGAUGGUAUAGUGUUGAGAUUUGGUGAGCUAAAUAAGCCUGGAGCUAUGAUUGAGCAAGUCAAGGGAUUCUCCUAUUCUGUUUCUUCUCUUCUUGGGGAAAAUUCAUUAUUCCCUCUGGUUGCCUUGGAGGAUGUCAAUAAAAAACAACGUGAACAGUCACAAAUGAGAAUAGAAGAGAGCAAAAGAUCAUGGUGGACAAUAUCCUGGUCAUCACCCAAAGUGAGAAUACCCAACUCAUUACGCCCAAUGAAGGGAACAUUUUACUGUGUGAUAUAUCUAUGUCCUGGCGAUUACCAUCGAGUGCAUUCCCCAGUGGAUUGGCAUGUUUCUCAUCGUCGCCAUUUUUCAGGCCGCCUUUUCCCUACAAAUGAACGAGCUACAAGAACAAUAAGAAAUCUUUAUGUUGAGAAUGAAAGGGUUGUGCUUGAAGGGCGGUGGUUGGAGGGAUAUAUGGCAAUGGCAGCAGUUGGAGCAACUAAUGUUGGAUCUAUACAGCUUUCCAUCGAACCAGAGCUCAAGACGAACAGGCCCAGAAAGAGUUUGAUGCACUCUGAGCCUCAAAAUGAGCGUGAAUACGAACCCGAAGGCACUGGUGUACUGAUCAAGAAGGGGGAGGAGGUAGCAGCAUUUAAAAUGGGAUCAACUGUAGUUCUUGUUUUCCAAGCUCCUGUAGGCACUUCAGAUGUUAAUAAUGGUGAUGCUUCUGGUUUUGAAUUUUGCAUAAAAAGGGGGUCCAAGAUUAAAGUGGGAGAAGCUUUGGGGAGACGGAAGAGUUGAUAGAAAGCAUUUAUAUUUUUCUUGGAAGCAAUUAAACUUUAUUUUUUUUGCUCCUAAACUUAUUUUUUGGCCAAGUUAUUUGUUUAUUUUACCAUGAUUUUAAACUUCACUUUUUUGGAUCCUUUGGAAGGUGGUAAAUAUAGAAGUUGGUUGUUUUC